AUGCUCGGCGACAGCCUCGAAGGCGACGACGCCUUCGGCCGCUCGCCGUCGCCCCCCAGGAGGCCCCCGGCGGCCUCGGGCGUGGGCGCUGUCUUGAAGGGCGUGGUCAAAAACAUAAGGUCUUUUGGCGCGUUUAUUCAGACUUCGCAGUACGCGAGAGAAUGUCUUCUCCACAUUUCGAACAUCAGCCGACAGCGAAUUGAAAAUGUGGAAGACGCCCUCAAAAUGGGCCAGGAGGUGUGGGUGAAGGUUUUGAAAGAAGAGCCCGACGGCCGCGUCUCCGUUUCAAUGAAGGAUCUGAAUCAACAAGACGGAAGCGAAUUGACUUCUUUAAAAGACUCUUUCAGCCAGAGAGGACUUGGCGGCGGAGUCAAAGUCCCGGAGUUGAAUUCCAUUCACUGCGGGACAGUCAAGAGGAUCCAGGCCUUCGGCGCCUUCGUUGCUCUGGACGGAUUCGACCGAGACGGGCUGCUGCACAUCUCCUGCAUUUCCAAAGACAAAAUCGACAAAGUGGAAGAUGUGCUUUCCGUGGGCGACAAAGUCUGGGUGAAGACUCCGUUUCCUCUUUUGCUGCUCCUGGGCUCGCUGGCUGGGCAUUUUCUCGUUUUCUGA